AUGAUUGGAAAACUAUAAGCAGGUUUGAAUUAUUCGGAUAUAUUGAAAAAUAUUGAUUAUAUACUUUAUACUAUAACAUGUCAGGCGAUUGUUUAUAAUAGGUAAAAACUCUCAACUUACGAUUGGAAACAUCUGAAUACUCAUGAGAAAGAGCUGCGCGUAGUUUGGUCUCCGAGUCAACCACCAUCACCAUCGAAAGCGAUGUGUGAAUUUUCCUCUGGUGAUUCUAGUCCUUGCGAUGAUGAUCAAUAUUAAGCUAAAAUAGAAUUCAUAGGUACAAAAUUAUCGAUUCGUGAAAUAUGCAAUUCUGUUCUCAAUUCUAAUUGCUAUGAAAUUCGGAUUUUUGAACCUACAAAAACAGGAAAAUAUGAAAAAAUCCCACAGGAAUGGUAAAAUCAAAGAGAUAUCAUACUUUUUAAUUAUGAUCCAACCCUUGAAGUUUGUUAAGAUAAACAUUCCAUAAAGAAGUAUUUAAAAGAAAAAUUCAAAGAGUACCUAUUUAUCACAAUUGAAGAAGUUCAAAAGAUUUAUUUGGCGGGAGAAUAAGCAUACAUUAUAAAAAUAAAUGAAGAUAAAUCCGCUCAAUUCUUUUAUUACAAUAUGAGUAAGAAUCAACCAAAACACAAGAAAUACAUAGGGGAGAAUUUUUAAGUGGGGAUAUUAAGAAAGAUCAGAGACAUAUAAGUUUCAUACAGAGUGAUAAUGAGAUUCUUACCGAUUUAUUUCGUCAAAGAGAAAGUAGAGAGCAUUAUCUACGAAAGAAGAUAUGAAAAAUAUUAGAUUGAUUUUAGAUAACUGAGAGUAGAAGAGUUAUUUGAAUGUAAUAACUAAACUCUAUUUUUAGUUGAAGGAUGCAAAUAUGGAAUUAUUUACUGUGAUGAUUUAAAAUCUUCAUAAUAAAUUGUUGAUCUGCUGAAUAAGUAUUUCUUUGAGAGGAAAAUCUCUUAGCCAGAAAUAAUUGCAAUCAAUGAAGAGGGAAAAAGCAUAUCUUCAGUAUCUAAUCGAUAAGAAUAUUAAAAUUUCUUUUAAAUGAGUUACGAUACGUAAAAAGUGAUGAGAUAAAUAUUGCAAUAAGAAAUUGAUAAGGAGAUCUAAGAGAAAUAAGAGAGAAUAGAAAAAUAGGAAAAAUUAGAAAAAUUGGAAAAGCAGGAAAAAUAUGAAAAAGAAAAAUAAGAAAAGGAGAAGGAGAAGGAGAAAGAAAAAGAGAAGGAAAAAUAACAUAGUGAAAAAAAAAAAUACAAUUAAGAUAUUAUAAUUAGCACUGUAGAACUUAAUAGUAGUAAAUAGUUUGAACGAUCAGAAAAAUAAAAUGAAAAAACAAAUCAUAGCCAUCAUUAUUACAAUAAUAAAUGUAAUAAGUUUGCUUUUAAUCUUGUAGAUGAGAGUAGAAACAACAUUAGAAGGUCUAGAUCACAAUCAAGGAGGAGAAGACACAGUUCAAGUGAAAAAAAUAUUAUGAAAGAAAGCAUAGGUCGAAUCGAUAUGAGACAAAAAGAAAAUCGGGAUGGGAUAGCAAAACAAGGAAAUGAAUAAAUUUUACUGUAAUUUUAAAACAACAAAACAAAAACUCAAAGGCAUUUCAAUAGAAAAAUUAUAUUAAAAACUAAAAAGCUAAAAUUUGAAUCAAAACUCAAACUCAAUUUAGGCUUCCUCUAAAUAUCAAACAUAUAACAAUAAGCUAGGAAACCAGCUUAUGUUAAAUCAAAGAGAAUAACAGUGAGAUAUCUAUUCAGAUCUACACAGAAAUAUUUCUAGAUUGAACAGUUUGUAUAUAUUAUUAUCCAAUAUAGUAAUCAUAAUUACUAAUGUAUCUUGAGUCUAAAAAUUAAAAAUAACAACAAACAAGCUAUAUAAAGAGUGGUUCCUAUAUUUUAUCUUAAUAACUGA